AUGAAUGUUAACUCGACAAACGGAACAGAUUCAUGUCUAUUGCCAGUGGCGCAUAUCAUUGCGUUAAUUCCAAUCAAUGUUUUGUCGAUCUUUAUUGGGACGAUUGGAAACACUUUGGUAAUUGCAACGGUCUAUACGAACGUAACCUUGCAGACAAUUUCAAACUUCUGGCUGGCGAGCAUGGCAGUCGCAGAUCUAAUGGUAACAGCUAUUGGUCAACCGUUACUUGUAGCUUUUUGGGGUCUUCAGCUGCAGCGUGAAUGUAACGAACCAGUGUCGGAGACGUUUCGUCUUGUGGGUAACAUGUCCUGUUCUGCCUCAGUACUCCACUUGUGUUUUAUCAGUGUUGAUCGCUGUUUACUUGUUGUUCGACCGAUCGAGUGUAAAAAGAUUCGGACGAUAAGAAGAUUCAAGAUAGUGGUUGCAAUCGCGUGGACUGUACCCGUGAUUUACGGGGUAUUACGCAUGACCAUCGCCAAGAAAGUGACGUCUUACUUUACAGUCAUUGCUGCUGCGCUCUGUUAUCUCACAAUAAUAAUUUGUUAUACCUUGAUCGUCAUUAAAGUGUGGAGUCGAAAAACGGAAACCCUUCGAGCAUCAACAGCUGGUCACGCAAGACACGGUUCGUCACACAUGGUCGAACGCCGCGUGACAGUCACGAUAGCGAUUGUCGUGGUUGUCUUCACAAUAUGUUGGGUUCCCUUAAUGUACCUUCGCUCUGCCUACGCCGAGAGUAAUGUUGGAGUGGCCUACAACUGGGCCAGGACAGUGGCUCUUAGCAAUUCAGCAAUGAAUCCGUGGAUUUACUGUUUUCGUAUGCCUGAGUUUCGUGCUACUUACAAAAAACUGUUAAGAUGUGGGUUUAAAGGUGGCGCCUUCAGAAGUGAUCAUCCGAGUGACCAACAAGUUCUUAACGAACCGCAUUCAAGGAGUAUUUCUAAUGGCACUAAACCACAGUCCAGUAGUUCUGAUGACGCCAAGCUGUGA